CCGCUCCAUUGCGGGGAGGGAGCUGAGCUGCCGCCGCUCCGGCAGAGCGGGGAGAGCCGCAGCCGCGGCGACGGCACCAGCAGCGACAGCGGCGCCUCCGCCCGCAGUGUGCGUGCGUGAGUGUGAUGAGCGAUCACCGCGUUCCUCCGCCUGCUGCCGGCUGACACCGACCGCGCGGGGCGCAGCGGGAGGAGGCGAGGAGCCGCGGCCACCGCGCAGUGACCUUGGCCCAGGAGUGCAACGUUCAAAAGCAGAACAAAUUUGUGGGACAUGGCACAAGGAAAUAAUUAUGGGCAAAGCAGCAACGGGGUGGCUGAUGAGUCCCCAAACAUGCUGGUGUACAGAAAGAUGGAAGACGUCAUAGCCCGCAUGCAAGAUGAGAAAAAUGGAAUUCCUAUUCGCACAGUCAAAAGUUUUCUUUCCAAGAUCCCCAGUGUCUUUUCUGGUUCUGACAUUGUUCAAUGGUUAACGAAGAACUUAUCUAUUGAAGACCCAGUGGAAGCUCUACAUUUGGGAACACUGAUGGCAGCACAUGGGUAUUUCUUUCCAAUCUCAGACCAUGUUCUAACACUAAAGGAUGAUGGCACCUUUUAUCGAUUCCAGACACCCUAUUUUUGGCCAUCAAAUUGCUGGGAGCCGGAAAACACAGACUAUGCUGUUUAUCUCUGCAAGCGGACAAUGCAAAACAAAGCAAGGCUUGAGCUAGCAGACUAUGAAGCUGAGAGUUUGGCCAGGCUACAGCGAGCAUUUGCUCGGAAAUGGGAGUUUAUUUUUAUGCAAGCUGAAGCACAAGCAAAAGUGGACAAGAAGAGAGACAAGAUAGAGAGGAAGAUUCUUGACAGCCAGGAGCGAGCGUUCUGGGAUGUGCAUCGGCCGGUGCCUGGAUGUGUAAAUACAACUGAAGUGGAUAUAAAAAAAUCUUCAAGAAUGAGAAAUCCACAUAAAACAAGAAAGUCUGUCUAUGGCUUACAAAAUGACAUUCGAAGUCACAGCCCUACCCACACACCGGUACCAGAGACUAAGCCACCCACAGAAGAUGAACUACACGAAGAGAUUAAGAACUGGCAAAUGCAAUUAGACAGACAUAGGUUAAAAAUGUCAAAAGUUGCAGAGAGUCUAUUAGCUUAUACAGAGCAGUAUUUGGAAUAUGAUCCUUUUCUUGUGCCCCCUGAUCCCUCAAACCCUUGGAUAUCAGAUGACACCACUUUCUGGGAACUGGAGGCAAGCAAAGAGCCAGGACAGCAGAGGGUGAAACGAUGGGGGUUUGGCAUGGAUGAAGCUUUGAAAGACCCUGUGGGAAGAGAGCAGUUUCUCAAAUUCCUUGAGUCAGAAUUCAGUUCAGAAAAUUUAAGGUUCUGGUUAGCAGUAGAAGACCUGAAGAAGAGGCCUAUUCGUGAAGUUCCUGCUCGCGUCCAAGAAAUCUGGCAAGAAUUUCUUGCUCCAGGUGCACCCAGUGCUAUCAAUCUAGAUUCAAAAAGUUAUGACAAAACCACACAGAAUGUGAAGGAUCCUGGAAGAUACACAUUUGAAGAUGCUCAGGAGCACAUUUACAAACUGAUGAAAAGUGAUUCUUAUCCUCGUUUUAUACGAUCCAGUGCCUACCAGGAGCUGCUACAGGCCAAGAAAAAGUUGGAAAACACACUGGAUCGUCGAACAUCUUUUGAGAAAUUCACACGCAAUGUGGCAUUACAGACUCCGAGGGACUCUCUAGCCUUUCGAUGCCUCCAUUUCGAAAACUGUCUGCUCACUUCCUCCUUCAUAUCAAGCUGGAUCUGUGUCUUUUUAUUUUCCGCAAGCUCGAGUACAGUGAAAAAAAAGCUUCUGCUAGGCACAGUUUAUUAAAAAAUACGUCAAUCAAAAACUGGAAGAAAUGUAAAAAAAUGCAUAUAUUAAUAAAUAUGGCAUCACAUUUAUUGCACAAUAAAUUAGCACAGAAGGUUUCAUUUCACUGAUGUAUUCACAUUGAGAAAGAAAGCCUGUGUCUUUGUCUGUUGUCUGUAUAUUCUCUGUUAAUGUUUCUUGCAUUUAUUUUUAUACCAUAUUUAAAAAAGAACACCUUUUACUCCAGAUGUAUUAAAGUUGAUCCUUUCUCUGUAAAUUUGUGUAUGUUUAUAUUGUUGUUUUAUCUUUCAUUAAAAGAUGCAGAAUCUCUUUCCUUUGGGAAGUUUGAGAUUUUAAUAUUGAAUCUGAAGAUUAGUCAAGAGCAAAAUCAUCCCCAAAAGUUACACACCUUGUGCUCUGUAAAAAGUGACAUGAAAUGGCAUUUUCUUUCUCUCGGUGACACCUAAUCAAACACACUUUGUUGAUAAUCAUUUACUUUUUAUUUUCUUUUUAUCAAGCUAGCAGCAGUGAGACCUUUCCAGCUUGCUCAUCAUCACAUAAGCAAACUUCUCUUUAAGCUAGACCUGUUCUGUACCAGAGCAGCCUGCAGAGCCUGCUCCAGCGAUUCAGUCACUACCCAAGACCGGAUCGACUGAACUGCAUUUCCGUAAGAACGGACAUGAACAAAGCUGGCUGAGAACACACAUGGGUAUUUGCUAAAUAGGAAGGACAGUCUUUAUUUCUCCUUGCUGUCACUUGUAAUACAAUGCAACAUUUUAAGCUGAAAAGGUAGUAGUUUGGGAGUGCUAAAUAUACUGUCUGUAGUGCACACCUUGAGUAGUAAAGCAGGAGGCUGUCAUUUUAAUUCAAGGACUUUAUUCAGGUGUGUUGUUGUAUGUCUGCUGCUGAGGUUACUCACACAGAUACCCGCUGGUAGAUUUAUGAAAGCAUGUAGCCAUUGCCCAUGAGACAACAGAUAUGGAGUUUCUGAAGCUAUACUGAGCUGGAACCAGAAAUCUCUGCUUGGCCUAAGAAACAGCACUUGUGACUGAGAGAUGACACAAGGAUUGUAGGCAAAAUCUCUGAGCAGAAAAGUGAUGAUGGGAGCUCUGUCAAGUCACAAAAUGCUGACACCUCCAGGGCAUCAAAGGGUCCUUAGGACAAACAAGCCUUUUUAGGAAUGCACAGGAUAGACACAGGACAGCCAACUCUAGUACCAUCUGUCGUGCUACCUUUUGUUUGAUAUUGAGAAUCAGGAAUCUUGUUUCAAAGCUAAACAUGCACGUUCAAACACACAAAAAAAAGUGGGACAGUCAUAGACACAACCAGACAAUAAAUUUGAAUACAGUAAUGCUAGAGUCAUCUCACUUAACUUCAGAUACCUACCUGAGCUGUUGUUCCUUGGGAUAGGGCUCCUGCACAGAACAUCUGUAGGCAGAAGGGAGCUUCUCCACUGCCUUUCCAUAGGUUGCUGCAGCUGUAGCCCUGACUGCAGCAUCUCUAAAGAGGUAGCUUGAAUGAACCAAGGAAAAAACAAAACAGAAAUCACCACGAAUGGCCGUUUCCCUGGUUUUGGUCCACUGGGGUUUCUGGAGGUUUGGGAGGUUUUUUUUUCUUUGUUUUCACAUGCCACUGUGUGUCUGGUUUCUAGCUAGGAUGAUAAUCAUUGCUUUAAAGUGUCUCAGUUUUUGUUAGCACAAUUCUACUAAGUUUUUUAUCAGAAAACACUGGAAAUGCCUCACGAGACUUUGAUUUUAUCAAGAGCUCCAUCUAGGGCAACUCAAAAUAUUUACAGUCUAGGGAGGCCAGAUGAAUUUUGAUAAAUAUCCACAUUGAACCCCAGAUCUUAAACUCUUGAGAUUUAAUUUUUCUUUACCACAGAAAUGCAGGCUCUGAGGCAUGAACUUCAGGCCAGACAAUCCACAGAAAUUUGAGCUCUGUUUCAUUCUCACUGCCAAAUAGAAAUAUUUAUUUCCAAACUCCUGCUGCCACCAAUUGCAUCAGCUGGUAUGUUGCCUGCUCUGCCUUAGGAGUUAACUAAUUAGAUACCAGUGUCUCCUUUGAAGAAUCACUCCCCUCAAAUAACUAAUCUUUCAAAUUGAUGCGUUAGGUAUUUCAUGCAAAUUUACCCUAAGAAAUAUCUUUUUUUCCCCAAAUCACUUUGCAACACUAACUGGCCAAUAAAAAGAUGUGGAGCAUUUGUAUUCCUGAGCCCAUUUUGUAUUUAUCCUUGUUCUUUUAUUUCAAGAAGUACAAAGUCUCUAUUGAAUGGAUGUCUUUGCCUGUAUUUGCACAGGAUUUAACACAAUGUUUGUAAAGUAAAAAUAUGCAUUAUUAAUAAGGAUUUCAAAGCAGUCAGGGAGCUGAAUUAAGGUUUCACUUGACAUUAGUUUCAAGUAAUGCAACUCAAUUGUUACACGAGUGAAUUUGGCCCCCAAAAAUUCUGUCAAAAAUUCUACAACCACUUGAUUUUUAAAGGGUUUGCCUGCAAUCUUUUGAUAAUUAACCUCGUCCCUGUUAUCUGCCAGUGAUACAAUACUGAGACUGGAAACUCCAAGUAGGCACAAGCUUCCUUUUACUUCCCCACAGAGAAAAGCUAAAUCUUUGUUUCCAAAAUUAUAUGAAGAUCCACUUCCAAGAAUUAAGAUUAACUCAGUUUAAGGCAUGUUUGUACAAGUGCCAAACAGCUGAAGUAUGACUGGUUACACAAUGAUAUACCCGUUAGGAAUUUCAGAGAGGCUACAAGUCUGUUGAGGAAAAAAGGACUGAGAAAGAAAUUCAGACUGAAGUGACUACAUUUCUCGUCUCCUGGGGAAGAGCCAUCAAUCAAUGCCUCCUGGCUCUAUCCAGGAAGCUGAAAACAACCUCCUUAAUAUCCUUGUGGGAUAUUAAUUGUAAUAUUCACUAAGAUAACCACUUGGAGCUGGGAAAUUCCAUCUGAGCAUUGGAGUUCAUUGAGCAGUCUCUUUCCUCAUGCAUUCUUGUGCAUAAAACAGCUCUUAAGCCUUCAGCAGAAGGAAGUGUUUGCUGGUGCUGAUGCACCCUUGAGAUGUUUCUGUACUCCUAGACCAGCCUGGGAAGGAAAACAGCUAGUGGGAGAAACAGGAGCUUCCCUGGCACCUACCUGACAACGUCAGAUUAUUUAGGCAUUCUUCUGUAAGAUGAAAUUAAAAACUAUCCCUCAACCCUACAAAACUGAAGAGGGAGGGAAAAGGCUUUAAACACUGAUGAGAGAAAUUGCAAAAUGCUGGGCUGAAACAGUAGUGACCAAAAAUUAAUGAGCUGAAGGUGAAUACCAGAGUAAGAAAUGGGCAUUAAUAGUGGUGACCAGAAGAGAACCAACAAGGGAGGAGAAGUGGGGAACUGAGUAAUUAAGAGCAAGGGUGGCUGAAUGCAGCUGGUGGAUUGUCAGCCUGUUGGCCACAGCCAUGCACGGUUGGAAUCAAAACCAAAUAAAUCAGAAAAGGUCAACUGUGGCUGUCCCUUUAAAAUCCAACAGUAACAUUUUUUCAACUAGAAAGCAAUUUAUACCAAACAGUAGAAUUGCUUUUUUCAAUUGAACCCCAAAUGCUGUUUGAAAUCAUGAGACAUACAAAUGACAAGCAGUCCUCCAAGAAAUAGCAAAUAGGAGGGUAAAAGCCAGUUUCAGAAAAUGAGAUCUAUAGGAAUGCAUUUAGGAUGUUUAUUUAUUAAAAAUAAAAAAUAAAAGCCAAAGCAGACAACUAAAGUGAGAGAAGGCUGUUUUCUUCAACUAAACAUAACGAGGACAUGGGAAUAACCAGUGAUUUAUUUGUGGUUCUUCCAUUUAUUUAUCUUUAUGCCAAGUGAUUAACAGCUGUUUGAAUUUAUAUUUUAAAAUUACCAUAUUUAUAAUGUCCUUUUUAGCUAGAGAUAUACUGUGCAUAGAACUAGCACUGGACUUACUGUCUUAGGUGCAUAAAACACAGGACUAUUGCUAAAAGAAAGUUAAUGGCUAUAGAGAACUAUAUGAAAUAAGGUUUUAAUUCCAAGAUAUUCAAGGGAAAUUAUGAACAAUAUAUUUGAACAUAUUCUGUGUACACAAUUCAUUUAAGCAAGUUACUAAGUGGUUGUGAAUCAUUCCAGUCUGCCUUUUGAUCUGACUAUGCUGAGCAGAUUGAUGCUUUUGUCUCCUGUGAGUUGAAGAUAGGCUGAAGUCCCAGUAUCCAAGAGGCGGAAGAAGGGAUGAUCUCUGUGAGGCUGGCUUCCUCUUCCUAGUGCUGUUCCAGAUUGUGGACUCUUACUUAAGUGACAUGUGUACAAAUAAAUGGGUUUGUUUGUACAGACAUUGACUUGAGGGCUGCAGAAUCUCUCCAGACAGUCAUUAUCUCUGCCACUACAACAUUUUUUUCCCCCUACUAUUUAAACUAAAUCUUCUUUGCUUCAAUUUAUCCCUAUAUUUUUGUCCAGACUGCUACAAUCACUAUAAUAAAAUGUUCCCUACAUUUUUUGCUCAAAGACAUAAAUGACCACUGCAAAGUUACAGCCUCCUUGGUUUUCUUACUGGUGUUUUAUGAAGCACUCAGUAACUUCAUUGCUCUCCGCCAAGCUGGGAGAUGUUAUAGCUUCCCUGGAGGACAGCGGCCAGAGCAGGCUGCAGGCCUCCCACUCAGGUUUCACAGGAGGAGGGCAGACGAUUACUGUUAUACUUUUGUCUGUACACGUAACUACUACAUUGUGCAAGUUGAUGUGGCACAGUGAUGCCCAGAUCCUCUGCAGUAAAACAGAUGGUUGUUCCCUUUUGUGAGCAGCUUGCUCUUCUUAGGUCAGUGAGGCAUCUUAAGUUGUCCAUUGAAUAGCAUCCUCGUUUUUCAGACAAUCUUUCUCUUUUCUGAAGGCCACUUUUCUUUUUUGUUUCUAACCUGUGAAAUACUUGUAGUCCUUUGAUCUGCGGGUAUAUUUGUGUGUGGGUGAGUGAGGAAUCUGCUGGCCUGAUUCUUUAACAUGAAUGAAUGAGCGUGAGUACCAUCAUCAUUAUUUGCUCUAAGGGAUCUAUAUAUGUAAAUUGUUAAGAGAAAUUGCUGUGACAGUUAACUCUGAGAACCUGCUCAAACGCUAGAAGAUAGUCCUUAUUUACAGUUGUGGACACGGACAGUAAAUAUCAAACAAUAUUAAGACACAAUUGUAAAUGUUACCUUGUUAGUGGCAUUUGCACAAUUUUUAUUACAAGUUUUCUUUGCUUUCAAA